UUAAGAAGUUUAGAACUCGAACAAAGAGUUGAUCAAAUCUUUGCGAAAUACAUAGCAUCAUGUGGAAAAAUACUUUCAUCGUUUCUUUGGCCACUAUUGCGGGAUUGCUGCCCGUUUGUGAAGGACAAGUAACAGAUUUUGGUUGCUGUCCAAAUGUGAAGGUGCAGGAAAAUUUCGACAUUAAAAGGUACAUGGGGCGAUGGUUCGAGGAGAGAAAGUUUUAUGCGGAGUUCCAGGCCGGCGUCACGUGUUCUUUUGCGGAGUAUACUCUCCAAGGCGACGGGACGGUCAAAGUCAACAACACCGGAUACAGAGAAAUGACUGGUAAUUACACCUCAAUUAUCGGACAGGCUCAGAUCUUGGACCCUCGAGAACCCGCAAAACUUGGCGUUCGCUUCUUUCCGGGUACGCCCCUGGGUAACUACUGGGUGUUGGAGACGGAUUACGAUCAGUACUCUAUCGUCUACUCCUGCACGCAGACGAGUCGCUUCUUCAAUAGCCAAUUCUGCUGGAUCCUUACCAGACGUCCCGGGCCUGUUCCGGCAUCUGUUCUUGACCGGAUCUACUCCCUGCUGAAGGGCUAUGAAAUCAACCCGGACUACUUUAAAGUCAACGAUCGGACCCGCUGCCCCCGCGUCUAG